CCUCCCCUCUCUCUUUCUUGCUCGUCUAUCCUGAUUGUCUUCUAAUCUGUGCGUCAAGCGUCCGUCUGCACUCGUCUUGACGCUGUCAUUGCAUGCCAGCAUUCGCUUGCGUACAUUUCGGCCGCCUUGUCUUCCAGUUGUCUCUCGGAUCAGACCUUGGCGCUCGCUGCCCACUGGGCCAGUUCACCGCACUCCUCCGAGUCACGCUUCCGGGUGUCGGUCCUGAAACACUACAGAGUACAAGACCAUACCAUCAAAUCACCCGCCGCUCUCGACCGUCUUUCUACCUUAGUGUCUACUCCUCCAUCCACACACUCUUCAUCACCCCCUUCUGCACUUUUUCUUCCUACACAACACCUACAGCCAUCUCCUCCCGCUUCCACUUUCUCCAUCAACCCGACAAGAGCGUUUCGUUUCCUCCCACGACCGCGACGAAAGAAAAUUACAGUGCUUCACAACGUCCUCGACUACGCAACCAACCCCUCGUGCUGUACGAAACUAGUAUCGAAUCGAGACGAGUUCGCUCACACACGAUCCGAUCCAAGCCAACCCAUCUUUCAAACAUACACACAUAUACACACAACCUAUUAUCGCCACACUCGAGCAACCUCGACCCAAGGCCAACUCUCACUCCCUUCUUUUUCCUCUCUGGCACAUUGUCGUGCAUCUCUCGAGUUCAUCGAGACCAAUACAAUAAGCACACCCUGUCAACCCCGUCAAAGGGGCCACACAAGCUGGAAGGGAUUCAUUACUCUCGUACCUUCCCUCGGCUGCACUGCCUGGCCCCAUUCGACUCGAACCACAACUAGACCGAACCUCACAUCGAUCGCCUUCCAAGAUGAGAGAAGUCAACUUCAGCAUCCCCAACGUCAACAAGGCGUCGGUCGGCAUUACGACCGCCCUUUACGAUAGACGAGCUCUCGACUGUACAUCCACUCUUCCUCUCAUUAACUCUCUCAACCAUCUCGCCUACCUCACCACCUCAUCCGCUCGCAUCCGUGACAUCCUUACCGUCGAUGGCGGCAUCGAGCGCUUGGUGUGCAUUCUGAAACGCGGCCGCAGCAAGGACAUGAUGGAUAUGUGGAAGUGGAACUUGGCCUUCCAGUGCGUCGUCAACAUUGGUGUUAGGGGCACCGAAAAUGUUCGCACCCGCGUCGUCGAGGCUGACAUGGUCCCCGUUAUCGCUACCAUUCUCGACAACUAUAUCAAGGUUACGGAGAAGUGCAGAGAUAAAUCCGACGACAAGAGCAAGGAUCAUCACCACCGUCACAGGAGCCAUGAGCACCGCAGUGUUCACAAGGCUCCUUCCUUCACCAACAGAUCCAGCCGCGUUGAGGUCGACCAGAGAGCCUCUCGCCGCCAGGCACCCCCUCCAUCCAUCGACGUUUCCGCAACCUAUGCCGGGUCCUCGUCGUCCAGCUCUGCAGUCGACCAGCAGACUACUGAGUUCACACCCACGCCACCCCAGUACCCGUCCGCGUCCUCGACUGAGCGACCUGCCCUCCCAGCUCACCGACAUCACCAUCAUCACCACCACCACCACUACCGUGCUACCGAGGCCCGUCAUGCUGUGCCAUCUCCGCCUCGUCAGACGGUCCAGCCGCUCGCACCAGCUGUGCCUCCUGCGGAAUCCAUGGAGGGCUUCGUUCGGCCUGUCCGCGAUGUUGAUCGCCUUGCGUCGAUGAUGAAUUUUGGCAACGCGAACUUGACCUCGCAGCCGUCCUCUCCCACAACCCCCUUGCCGCCGCCCCAGUUGCGUUCUCCCACCGUUAGACCCACCUCUGGGCUCGCACCAACUAGCCGAUCCCGGCGCCGUCCUUCCAUCCGACACCAGAACUCCACAGUCGACUCGGACGAUUUGGUUGGCGACGAUGCGCCCUCUGACGAAUCUCCAGAUGCGGAGAUGUCGGGAACUGGUAAUGAAGCCUCUGUCAACAUUCAAGAUAUUACCAUGGAGGAAGGUGAUAGCAUGAUUGCUGGCUCCACCACUAUGGAUCUGAAUACUCCUACCGUGUCAGAGACUCAGGAUACCGGAACCUUCAACAUAACGCACCGCGGCCCCGUUGAGACGAGCAACAAUGCCGCCACGACUCCCGCUCCUGUGCCGCCCAUCGGUCUUUCGCCAAACCGUCCCACCAUGGUUACUCCACCUCAGCCAGCCAUCCCCAACGCCAGCGUUCCCCGAUAUCUGCUCGAUCGGCAGUUCGUUCCCAACGCCCAGAUGCUUGCUGCUAUGCCUCGUGAAGAGGACGUUCUGAUGUCUCUCCAGUUGCUUGCGUACGUCUCCAAGUACUGCGGCCUGCGAUCUUACUUUCAGAAGAGUCACCUGGUUCCCCGGCUCAAGAUCGGCAAGGAACUUCAUUUUUUGGACGGUGAGAACGCCGCCACAGAUGUCGAAGAAGAAGAAUUAGAGGACGAGUACUUGCUUCCCGACGACUUCAACAUAUUCCCUCUCGUGGAAAAGUUCACAGUCCGACACCACAGUACGGAUAUGCAGUACUGGGCUGGCGUCGUCAUGAGAAACUUGUGCCGAAAAGACGAUACCCGUGGAGGUAUCCGACAAUGCGCCUACUAUCAGUGCGGCAAAUGGGAAGAGUUCACCCGUCAAUUUGCCAAAUGCCGCCGUUGCCGCCGCACUAAGUACUGCAGCAAAGAAUGCCAAAAGAGCGCGUGGGCUUUCCACCGACACUGGUGUGUCGCCGCAACCCAAUGAGAAAACACACGGUGCAUUGGCAUGUUCGAUUGUACCCGGAACACGCCUCCUUCCGGCGUAAUGUUUAUAAUACGGAUUCUACGCCCCCUCCCCCCAAGAGUGGCACUGCAUUGCACAGCACAGCGUUUUUUUGAAAUGCAUGGCGUUUCUCUCGAUACCACUGGUCUUUCAGCAGCAUAUUCAAGGUUCGGCAUUGGGUGCUUGCUAUUUAUGGUGAUGGCACGACUUCUCUUUCUUCCAGGACGAUAUAUCAUCAGUUUCUUCUCCACCCUCUUCUCUUCGCACGUUUCACAUGACAAUCGUCGAAGUCGGGCACGCGACACCAUGGAUGCCUUUUACUAUGUACAUUCUCCGAAGCAAGACAAGAUGUGAGCCUCGGUCUGUCGAUACCUGCUCACUUCGGUCAUAUCUUGCCAACGCAGCGCACGUUCUCUCGAAGCCGACAGCCGGCGCCCUACGGAAGACAUUCUUUCUCCGACUCGUCCUAUGUCUUGGAUGCACAGCCUUCCUGGUCUUU